GAAAGAAUGGAGUUCUAAAAACUCAGAGUCUUCUUAAUCCACCUUAAGAGAGGUCUAUGGUGCUAAGGAUCGUCAAAGUAAUCAAAAAUGAGUGAACAAUCAGAGAAAAACAAUUCCGUUCAAGAGGGACACACAGCUCAUAAUUUUCCUGAGAAGAACUGUCAAAUUGGACAGAAACAACUGCAACAAAUAGAGCGUCAGUUAAAAUGCUUGGCAUUUCAAAACCCUGGACCACAGGUAGCAGACUUUAAUCCUGAAACAAGGCAGCAGAAAAAGAAAGCCCGGAUGUCAAAGAUGAAUGAGUACUUUUCUACAACAUACAAAGUAAUGAGGAAGUACAACAAAAGUGGCAGGCUCAUCUGUAAUGACGUUGACCUGUGCGAUUGUCUAGAGAAAAACUGCCUGGGCUGCUUCUACCCAUGCCCCAAGUGUAACUCCAACAAGUGUGGGCCUGAGUGCCGCUGCAACCGACGUUGGGUUUACGAUGCCAUUGUCACUGAGUCUGGAGAGGUCAUCAGCUCACUGCCAUUUAAUGUUCCUGACUAAGUGCUCUUGCAGAUGGACUGAUUUGUUUCUUCUUACAUGUUUAAGUCGACCUCUUUCUCUUGGGUGAAUUUUAGGGCUUGGGGGAAAUAUUGAAAAAACAUACUGAAGACUCAUGUUCUGUCAAGCCCCAGAACAAUGUAGAAUGGGCAUUAGUUCUGUAACCUUCUUACCUGUGUCAGCAAUUUUCAAGUUCCUUAACUUGCAACCAAAAAAUGUGACAACUGAGGGAUCAGCAUUUCUCAUCAGCACCCUCAUCUCUACUUUGCCUUCCAAUUAAAACUCUUCCUCUUUCCUGAUAUCUGAGAAAAUGUAGCUUUAAGAGUUAACUCUAUAGCUGAGAGCUUUUCUUACACAGAACACAGAAUCUUAAAUUUAUAGUAUCUAGUUAUCCUU